ACAGUGUCUAGCAGCCACCCACUUUGGGCUGGUUGGGUUGGGUUGGGUUGGGUGCGGGUCCUUCAUUCCCCUUUCAUUCGUGAAAGCUGAAAGCUCCAAUUCCAAUGUCGAUCAUGGCGGUGCCCAUUGUUCUGUGAUAACAUUAAUUCAUCAGUUUUAAUUGGAGUUAUGCCCUCCACCUCCGCCUUAUUUUCCCUUCCCUUCUCUCUUUCCCUCCGCCUCCACAAUUCUCGGGCUACGCUUCUUUGUCCAACAACCCCAUCUCCCCUUUCAUUCAAUUUAUCCCCCCCUCCUAAAAAGAAGUGGAGACUGCUGUGUCUUAGGCAUGAAAACGCUCCAUUGGAAAAUAAUGGCUCCGAGUUCACAGAUAAAUUGGCAGGAGAUUUGGUGAAGCCUAAAGGUGACAAGUCCAAGGAGUUAAAUAAAGAUUGGCUUGCAACUCUCCAUAAGAUCAUUAGUUCCAUCGUUGAUGGGGAACCUUGGGCAGUUCCUUGGACGGCAAAGACCAUUGUUCAGGUUAUGCUUCUUUGGAUUGCUUCAUUUUGGUUUGUAGGAUCUUGGAUAGUUCCAUUUUUGGCUUCCAUGGCGGGGUUUAGAAAGGAGUCUCUCACAUACAGGGGACAAGCAUUGUAUAGCCUAUUAACUGAUAUUGCGGAAGGUGUGGUUGGCAUAGUGAUACUUCAUCGUUGCCUUGCAAAGUUUAAACCACUCACAUCCGACUGGUUUAAAUUUGAAUUCAAAGGCAAUUGGCUUUUUGAUGUCACUUUAGGCUGCCUCAUGUUCCCUGUUAUCAAUCACCUGUCACAGGUGAACUUAAAUUUGUUACCUGUGCUUCAAUCUAGUCCUGUGACUGUCUCAAGCGUAGAGCAAUCAAUUGUGGCACGAGACCCAGUGGCAAUGGCCCUCUAUGCAAUGGUUGUCUCAGUUUGCGCCCCAAUAUGGGAGGAGAUCGUCUUCCGAGGUUUCCUUCUCCCGUCUCUAACCAAGUACAUGCCACUAUGGUCUGCCAUAUUAGUUAGCUCAGUAGCAUUUGCCUUGGCACAUUUUAACAUUCAGAGGAUGCUGCCACUUGUAUUUCUAGGCAUAGUGAUGGGUGCUGUCUUUGUAAGAUCUAAGAACCUCUUUCCAUCAAUGUUGUUGCAUAGUUUGUGGAAUGCUUUUGUAUUUCUGGAUCUAAUGAAGUAAUAUAGUUCUUAAUAGUAUCAUGUUUCUGGCGCCUCCCUACUCACUGUCACCCAAAUCUCCAAGAUUUAUUUAGUAUAUAAAAUUAUACUUCUCAAUAAUGCGCAUGGAGGAUUAAUGAGAUGAGGUUGCGGUAGUGAUUGUUGUGUUUGUGAACUUGUGCUGCAUCUGACAAUUGCCGGUUCUUUCUAUAACGAG